CCGGGACCCCCAUGUGAGCGGCGGGCGGCGCGGGGGGGCCGGCGCACCGCGACCCGCCGGGGCCACGGGGGAAGAUGACAUCGCGGAGAUGGUUUCAUCCAAACAUCACUGGGGUGGAGGCAGAAAACCUGCUGUUAACAAGAGGAGUUGAUGGCAGCUUCCUGGCACGGCCCAGCAAAAGUAACCCAGGAGACUUCACACUCUCUGUUAGACGAACUGGAGCUGUCACCCACAUCAAGAUCCAGAACACAGGUGACUACUAUGACCUCUAUGGGGGAGAGAAGUUUGCCACCCUGGCUGAGCUGGUCCAGUAUUACAUGGAACACCAUGGGCAGCUCAAGGAAAAGAAUGGAGAUGUCAUCGAGCUGAAAUAUCCCCUCAACUGUGCUGACCCCACGUCUGAAAGGUGGUUUCAUGGGCAUCUCUCUGGGAGAGAAGCUGAGAAACUCUUGACAGAGAAAGGGAAACAUGGGAGUUUCCUGGUGAGGGAGAGCCAGAGCCACCCUGGGGACUUUGUCCUUUCUGUGAGGACGGGGGAUGACAAAGGAGAGAGCAACGAUGGCAAAUCCAAAGUGACACACGUCAUGAUCCACUGCCAGGAUCUCAAAUAUGAUGUUGGUGGAGGGGAGAAGUUUGACUCUCUGACAGAUCUGGUGGAACAUUACAAGAAGAACCCCAUGGUGGAAACUUUGGGCACUGUAUUGCAACUCAAACAGCCCCUGAACACCACCAGGAUCAACGCUGCAGAGAUUGAGAGCCGGGUGAGGGAGCUCAGCAAACUGGCAGAGACCACAGAUAAGGUCAAGCAGGGCUUCUGGGAAGAGUUUGAGACCCUGCAGCAGCAGGAAUGCAAACUCCUCUACAGCCGUAAGGAAGGGCAGCGCCAGGAAAACAAGAACAAAAAUAGAUACAAAAACAUUUUACCCUUUGAUCACACCAGAGUUGUUCUCCACGAUGGUGAUCCCAAUGAACCUGUUUCAGACUAUAUCAAUGCUAAUAUUAUUAUGCCUGAAUUUGAAACCAAGUGCAACAACUCAAAGCCAAAAAAAAGUUACAUUGCUACCCAAGGCUGCCUGCAGAACACGGUGAAUGAUUUCUGGAGGAUGGUGUUCCAGGAGAAUUCCAGAGUUAUUGUCAUGACCACGAAAGAAGUGGAAAGAGGAAAGAGCAAGUGUGUGAAGUACUGGCCUGAUGAAUAUUCCCUGAAGGAGUACGGAGUGAUGCGCGUGCGGAACGUGAAGGAGAGCGCGGCACACGAUUACACCCUGAGGGAGCUGAAGCUUUCCAAAGUUGGCCAGGGGAACACGGAGAGGACGGUGUGGCAGUACCACUUCCGCACCUGGCCCGACCACGGCGUCCCCAGCGACCCCGGCGGCGUCCUGGAUUUCCUGGAGGAGGUGCACCACAAGCAGGAGAGCAUUCCUGAUGCAGGACCUGUGGUGGUUCACUGCAGUGCUGGGAUUGGGCGAACAGGAACUUUCAUUGUCAUUGACAUCCUGAUUGACAUCAUCAGAGAGAAAGGGGUGGAUUGUGACAUCGAUGUCCCCAAGACCAUCCAGAUGGUGAGGUCCCAGCGCUCAGGGAUGGUGCAGACAGAGGCUCAGUACAGGUUCAUUUACAUGGCAGUGCAGCACUACAUCGAGACCCUCCAGCGCAGGAUCGAGGAGGAGCAGAAGAGCAAGAGGAAAGGUCACGAGUACACAAACAUUAAAUAUUCGUUAUCGGACCAGACGAGUGGGGAUCAGAGCCCUCUCCCCCCCUGCACCCCAACCCCAACGUGUCCAGAAAUGAGAGAAGAUAGUGCUAGAGUAUAUGAAAAUGUGGGGCUGAUGCAACAGCAGAAGAGUUUCAGAUGAGAAGAUGUUCAGAGCCUUCCAGGCCAAGGCAGACAUGAAAAUGGUUUUUAAAAAGGUCAGGAAAGAGAUGGAAGAAGCUUCACGUGAGCAGUGAACUCUGAGGGCUUGGUACCUUUUUAUUUACGGUUUUAAUCCUUCAGUAGGCAAAACUUCAGAGCAUCUAAAGAUUGUUUUUAUCUCUUCUCUCCAAUUUCCAAUUGCUCAUUUUCCAAAUAAAAGGAAAUCCUUUCUACAAGGUAGACAAUUACUUUGUAGAGUCAGUUUUGAAUCCUGCAAACUGUUGGACUGUCAUCCAUUUGUUUUUUUUUUUUAAAUAGUAUUUUGGUUUCACAGUAUGGCUGAUAGUGGGGUUGUUUUAUGGUUUUUUUUUUCCUUAUUUGAGCAGUUGUGGGGUUUUUGGGGGGGCACUGGGUGGGGGGUGGGUGCUGGGAGAGCCAUGCCAUGGAUAAAUCUGUGACAUGAAAUGUAAAAUACUGAUGGGAACAAUGUGGAUUGUUGGAAAACAGUGGAUCACCAGCGUGAAUAGAACCAAGUGCAUGAUCAAAUUAGUCCUGAUACAUUUCAAACUCAGACUGAGCUUCCUGGGGUGAGCAGUUCUUGAGAUGAAGGUGCUUUUUUGUGAUAAUUGGUGGCUUUGAUUCCAAUUUUGCUGUAUGGCUGGAUGGGCUAUUUUGGAGGAAUUUAUGCAAAGUUGCUUUUCCAUCAAAGUUUCUUUUCUGUGAUCUCUGCCCAGAAUAGGAAUCCCUGUGUCCUUCAGGAGACUUCACCUGGGGGUGGCUUGUGAGGACACUCUGUGGUGACUUUGAGACUGAAGCAGUAGAGUUCAGGUAUUAAUUAAUAAGCUGCAGGAUGUUCACACCAGUGAAACCAGUAACCCAGUGCUGGUGUCAGGAAGGAAGCUGUGAGCAGCCUCCUGCAUUUUCAGGGGAGGAGGGAUGUCCUGGUGGGACAGGGAGCAGCAGGGCCACACCAGGGGCACUGUCCCACCCCAAGUGCCUGGACCUUCCUGCCCCAGUUCCAUGGAAUUCCUUCCCCUGGCUCCAGCAGCUCCCCUUGGAUGGCAGGAUCAGCCUCAAGGAAUGGGGCUGGUGUCCCCCCAGCACCUUGUCCCUAAUUUUGGGGACAUUCUGUGACUUCAGUGGUGCUGAGGAGUGAUUCCCAUCCUCUCCCAGCAUGCCUGACCUUCCUGUGUCAUUGGAGUGGGGUUAUUGGCCUUCCUGGUGGAGCUCUGCUGGAGUCUGGAAUGUAAUUAUUGCAGCUUUGUGGGAGAUUGCAUCCCCUGCUCCUCAGAGUGCUUUGCAAAUUCCAAUGUUUGAGCAGUUUGUUUGAACUGAAUGAAGGUGCUUCAUAAAUGUUAAGCAGAAUUUUGUUCCUUAGCCUCUUGUCCUUUUUGUCUUUUGGGGCUUUGGGAUUUGAUUUUCUGGAACUCCUGUCACCAGCACACCAUAAAUGUGUUUGACUUUGUCACAGCCUUAUGCUCUAGCCCUGAAUCCUUACCCCUUCCCAGACUGGAAUAGAUGAUGAGGAGAGAGAAAUGUGGUGAUUUGGCAGAGAGAUUCCUGUUCUCCAUCCCCUGCCAGCCUGUCCCUAUUCCCAGCUCCCUCCUGCUGAACAGGGAUCAUUGGAAAUGUUGAGAUUUGCAUGGAGCAAUUCAAUAUUUGCCUCAAACUCUGUGCAGAGUCAAAUUCUGCACUUCAGAGGUUGGAGCAAGGUGGGGACACACCCAGGUGGGGUUUGGAGCUGCUCUGCUCCAAACUGAGAAAUCAAGGAGGGGAAAAGUGAGGAGAAAGGAGGGGAAGGAUCCUGAGGGAACCUCAGCACUCAGUUCCUGUGAAGUGUCUUAAACCCAAGCUGGAGCUGUGUGAGCAGCAGUCAGCCCACAGCCAGCUCAAAGUUGCCUCCUGACCUCGUUCAGAAGCUGCCUCUGGAGGGUUUGGUGUGGAAUUGUUCUCCUUGGGAGCAGGGAAUUGUUGCUGCAGAAUGUGUGUGAGUCCUGGGGAGCACAUGGUGGGGGAAUGUCAGUGAGGGGGAGCAGGAUCUGAAGGAUUCUAAAGGAAGAAAUUCUCCUUUCUGAACCAAAGGGGAGCCCCUGCACCCUAAAAUCUGUCACCAGAGACAGGGAAGGGUUUUAAAGCAUUUCCUGCAUGAAUUCCAGCAAAUCAUGUGGGGUUCUGCCAGAGGAAGCAAACAUCCUUUGGUUCAGGGGAGAGAGUGAAUGUGGCAUUCAGGGAUUGCCAGUUUUAGGGAGUUCAGUGGGGAGCUGAGCUUGUGGAGCAGGGAUGGAAAAGGAUUUCAGGCUCCUCUUGGAGCAACCUGUGAGAUUGACCCCAACUCCCCAGGCACAGUGAUUGAUGCCAGUGUGAAUUUGCUGCACACUUCAUUUACUGAAUGUUUUAGAGAAAUACAUUUAAUUUCAGCUAAUUCCUGUUAGGCCUGAUUGGUUCUAUUAAUCCUGACCAAACUUUCCUUUUUUUCCUCCUACAAAGUUGUGUUUGAGACAUGAUUAACCAGGCCACAGCUAACAAAGGUACCCAACCCACCCUGUUCCCUUUUUUUGUUGUAGGGCUGAGGAAAUUCACAGCUGGGACUAAGAUGUGUUGUCAGGGUUUGAUUUUUCUACCCAUAACUCCAUUAUUUCAAAUUAAUUGUUCAUUUCUCCCUUUUCAAUAGUGAAAGGUAAUGAAUAAUUUCAAGCCUGUUUAUUUAUGAUAUUACUGUGAUUUUUUUUUUUAUUGCAGUACUAAAGACUAAUGAAAAAAGAUCUUAUUAGAUGGAAUAGGCCUUGCAUUUUUUUUUCCUGCAAUGUAUGAAGUAUUGUACCAGAGUAUUAAAUGAAAUGUAAUAUUUUAUUGCAAAAUUUCUAUCCUUUAAAAGGAAUACAUUUAGGAUGUCAUCAAUUUGAUGUGAAUCAUGUAAAUGUUGAGAAAUGAGCUGUUUAUUCUACAUCUGGUGUUUCAAAAAGAUUUCACCUCUUGCCUUUUGCCCACAGUCUGUAGCCCAUUUGUCAAAAUGUGACAUUAAAUAAUAGUUCCUGUAUAGAAAUAGUGGUGGUUGUCCAUUGUUUUCUGGGCUGGUAUUUAUGGGGUUUAAUUCAGUUGCAGUGGGUUUGUUUUGUUUUUUUUUUUUUUUUUUAAUUGCUGCCAAGCUGUGUUAUCAGAAAUAAAUCAUAUCUGUAAACAGCAGAAAUUCCAUU